CCCUCUUCGCUUUUUAGUUAAGGCAAAAGGCCCGCCAGAGUGGGUGACAUCAGUCCGAACAAGCCGCCCUGCGCUCACCUAAAAUAACCCCACUAAAGCCAGGCAGCCCGGUGCACCAGACUCCGUUCAACAACUCCAGACGCCCAACUGUCAACUGUCGCUGAUAACAAGCUCUGCGCCGGAGUUUUCGCUGCUGCGCUCCCUCUGCCCAACGUCUCCAUCCUCACCUCUCCCAUCCCCCUCCACUGCUCAUUCGUCGCGCGCAAUGGCCGACACCGUCAUUCAGCCCGAGGUCGAGGCCAACGCUGGCAACACCGAGCUCAAGGACAACACCGUCAUCAUUGUCCUGGGAGCUUCGGGUGAUCUGGCCAAGAAGAAGACCUUCCCCGCUCUGUUCGGUCUGCACCGCAACAACUUCCUGCCCAAGGAUGUUAAGAUCGUCGGUUAUGCGCGGACGAAGAUGGACCACGAGGAGUACCUCAAGCGCGUCAAGUCCUACAUCAAGACCCCCACCAAGGAGAUGGAGGAGCAGCUGGAGGACUUCUGCAAGAAGUGCACCUACGUCUCCGGCCAGUACGACCAGGACGAGUCCUUCGUCAACCUGACCAAGCACCUCGAGGAGCUUGAGAAGGGCCAGAAGGAGAACAACCGUGUCUUCUACAUGGCGCUGCCCCCCAGCGUCUUCAUCACCGUCUCGCAGCACCUGAAGAGGAACUGCUACCCCAAGUCUGGCCUUGCCAGGAUCAUCGUCGAGAAGCCUUUCGGCAAGGACCUUGGCAGCUCCCGCGAGCUCCAGCGCGCGCUGGGCCCCGACUGGAAGGAGGAGGAGAUCUUCCGUAUUGACCACUACCUUGGAAAGGAAAUGGUCAAGAACAUUCUCAUCCUUCGGUUCGGUAACGAGUUCUUUGGCGCUACCUGGAACAGGAACCACAUCGACAACGUUCAGAUCUCUUUCAAGGAGCCUUUCGGCACCGAGGGCCGUGGUGGAUACUUCGACGAGUUCGGCAUUAUCCGUGAUGUGAUGCAAAACCACUUGCUGCAGGUCUUGACUCUCCUGACCAUGGAGCGCCCGAUCUCUUUCUCCGCGGAGGAUAUCCGUGACGAGAAGGUCCGUGUCCUGCGUGGCAUGCCCUCGAUUGAGCCCAAGAACGUCAUCAUUGGCCAGUAUGGCAAGUCGCUGGACGGCACCAAGCCUGGCUACAAGGAGGACGACACCGUUCCCAGGGACUCCCGCUGCCCUACUUUCGCUUCCAUGGUCGCAUACAUCAAGAACGAGCGGUGGGAUGGUGUUCCCUUCAUCCUGAAGGCCGGCAAGGCCCUCAACGAGCAGAAGACUGAGGUCCGUAUCCAGUUCAAGGAUGUCACCUCCGGUAUCUUCAAGGACAUUCCCCGCAACGAGCUCGUCAUCCGUGUCCAGCCCAACGAGUCCGUCUACAUCAAGAUGAACUCCAAGCUUCCUGGUCUCAGCAUGCAGACCGUUGUCACCGAGCUGGAUCUCACCUACCGCCGCCGCUUCUCCGACCUCAAGAUCCCCGAGGCCUACGAGUCCCUGAUUCUCGAUGCCCUGAAGGGUGACCACUCCAACUUCGUCCGUGACGAUGAGCUUGACGCUUCCUGGAGGAUCUUCACCCCUCUGCUGCACUACCUUGACGACAACAAGGAGAUCAUCCCCAUGGAGUACCCCUACGGCUCCCGUGGACCCGCUGUCCUUGACGACUUCACCUCCUCUUACGGUUACAAGUUCAGCGACGCCGCUGGCUACCAAUGGCCCGGCGCUGGUGAAGGCAACAAGUUGUAAGGUGUAUUAGAGGCUUUUAUAGGACUUAAGGGUGUUUUUUCUUGCGGAGAAUAUCUUGGCGUAUGAUAGAUUAACAAAUGAAUGAUGCUGGAUCAUGUCCACAAAAGAAAUGUCAAAUUGAAUAAUAGUUCUUUGCGACCAUGCUCGCAGAAGAGUCAAAGGAAAAUAUAUGUCUUAGAACGGCA